CUUUUUUGACUAUUUGUGUAUUCGUUGAAAAACUCAAAAUGAAGAGAGAGAGACUAAAGGAGGAGAAGACGAGGAGCACAGCUUGAUUCAUGCUUUCAGAUUUCGACUGAGCAGGGUUUUUAAGUCAAGACAAAGAAAAAUAUCAAGUAAAGAACCAAUUUAUCCUAGAAGAUGACGAGAUCGUGGGUGCUUUUAUUUGUUCUUAUGUUCAUUGUGUUGACUUCUCAGUUUGAGUGGAAUGAACAAGCUGAUAGUGAAACUGAGACUAGUCGUCCUCUCAUUCUUUCAGAUCAAGAGCAACAUAUACCGCAAGGCAAAGAAACUCUGCAUGAAAAGAAAAUUCUCUCUCAAGAAAAGAAAAUUCAAAAGCUUAAUGAGCAUAUUCGAGAUCUAAGGAGGCAGUUGCUGCAAUGCAGAAAUGAAAAUCAGGUUGAGUUGAGGGAGCUAGAAACUGAGCUUGAUCAGCUGCUAUUAAGAGGUGUUUAAUCCAUUACAGAUUGAAGCUUUGUCUCUCUAACCCCUCCUUAAGCGUAAAUCCAGAUUCUUGAUCAAUCUAGCUAAUACCAUAGCCCCUCUUUCUAAGCACUACACUUGAAACUUCUGUACUUUGAAGGAGAAAUCAAAGAAGAAUGUAUAGCUAAGGCAUGCUAUUUGGUUUUGUUUUUCAUUUUCUUGUAUUUUAAUAUUGAUACUGAAAGUGUGGGACUACUUGGACUUCUAUGAAAAGACCAGAUUCUGUCAAAAAAAAAAAAAAUAGGACACACAAAAAAUAGAAAGAAGCCAAAACUCAAGAAAAUUAUACUUACCGAGUAUUUUGUGCCCAAAUCCAAAAAUUGUACUUCAGUAUAUGUAGUCCCCAUGUAAUUCCUAAUGGCC